AAACUAUCGACAUCUAUAGCUAUAAGUCAGCCUCUAGCUGACUUAAUUCUCUGCCAUUUGCAUUCUUAAAAUGGCUGGGUUAUUGGACAACAACCUCUUGUGCUCGAUCAUCAUAGCUUUAAUAGCCACAGUAUGGAGUUUGCAGCCAUUAAUCCUAGCUCCAUAUGGAUCAGAGAAAACCGGUAGCUACAUCAUUGUACUAAAGAAAGGCUCAUCCACCUCCAAACUUGAAGAAGUGAUUACAAAGAUCAAAACUAUCACAAAUAAUGAGGUACAGAUACAGCGCUAUACUGAAUUCAUUGAGAAGACAGUAACUGUAAAAAUUCCAAGAGAUGUCCUGAACAAGGUUCGUGAUUUACCAGAAGUCGAUCAUGUUGAAGAAGAAGACAUGGCAUAUGGCUCGCAUGAAGAGAUCGAACUGACUCAAUACUCUAGUGCAAAACGUGGUCCCUUCUGGUUUCUCGAUCAUCUCAAUUUGCCUACUGAUGAGAAUGAGCAAGAAGUCGCUGAUGUGUAUGUCCUGGACACUGGAAUAGAUUUUGAGCACUCAGAAUUUGGUAAUCGAGCCAAAUAUGCUGGCUAUGAUCCAAUUGAUCAGUAUAAUAUUGGUGUUGCUGACUACAAACCUCAAAGAGGAAGAGACUGUAAUGGGCACGGAACUUUAGUGGCAAGUUUGAUUGGUGGAAAGACAUAUGGUGUCGCAAAAAAUGUAAAUCUUUUUAGUGUUCGUGUGCUUGGGUGUGACAGAGCAGCACCUUUUAGUGUUGUUCUUGAUGGACUUAACUUCAUCGUAAAUGAGGUUUCUGGAAGAAAAAGGCCUGCUAUUGUUAGUAUGGCUCUAAGUGGAAGCCAUCACGCUUCAGUGAGCUCAGCUAUUAGAUAUUUAUAUGACAGAAAUGUCUUGGUUGUCGCAUCUGCUGGAAACUUCGGCGAUAAUGCUUGCAGCUAUUCUCCAUCAAGCAAUAAUCAAGUGCUUACUGUUGGUGCUAUUGGUGAAGACAACAUAAUUUAUCCUAAAUCUAACUAUGGGGCUUGUGUUGAUAUCUUUGCUCCAGGAGAAUCAAUAACAGGAGCUGAGCACACUUGUCCCACAUGCACAAUAGAUGGUGCCAGUGGUACCAGCCUUGCUGCUGCAUUAGUUUGUGGUAUAGCUGCUGUUCACCUUUCUCGUUACCCAUUGAUUAAUCCCGCAACCCUAAAGCAAACGAUUAUAGACAUUUCGUCAAAAGAUUUGAUCUACUUUACGUCUGACUCUCAAGCAUCUCCAAACAGAUUAGCUAGUUUUGAUUGUGGAGGGACCAUAAAGGCCACUACCUCUUCUAUGAGCGUUAUCCAGUCGUUAAAUUUUCCAAGCAAUUAUCCAAACAGUCUCCAUUGUACAUGGAAUAUUGUGGCAGAGGCAGGACAAUACAUUGAGCUAAUGUUUGAAUUCAUUAAACUGGAAGAGGACUAUGACUUUUUAGCUAUCACAUCUGGUUCUUCUACCACACGACUAACAGGCGACUAUGGGGAAGUAACUUGUGGGUAUGUGUCUACUUCAAAUUCCCAUGUUCUUAAACUGGACUUUUACUCUGAUGAGACAAUUGGUUCAGCUGGAUUUAAAGCUGCUUAUAGAUCUGUUCGUGAGACAUCUGCAUCUAUCGACGAGUGUGUGAAGCCGCUGGUGAAUGACAUCCUGCAACUGGAUAUUUUGAGCGAGGGACAAAAUGUUGGAAAUAGGUUUUCGAUGAGCAAAGACUGGCAAGAGUUCUUUGGUGGUCGCAGACAGGGAAUAAACUUGGCUGUCCUUCAGGAAGAUUCUGGCAAAGUUGUUCUUCAGAGGAAUUUUGAUAUCUCUAAAUCUCACCAAGCAUCUGAACUAGCUGAAACGAUUGAGAAAAUAAAUCCUGGUUCUAUAGUCUUAGUAAGUACUAAUGGACAAUUAGUAGCACAUAGUAAUCUUCCAACAAGAACAACACGAGCCAUCAGCACUCUUGGAUCAUCGCAAGUACAGAAUCUACGAGAAGUUUCUUCCUGGGCUCUAAUUGGUAUAAAAGGCCUUCAGCCAGGAAGAGGUAUUGAGAAGAUUAGUAAUUCAAUGCCAGUAGAUCUAUCGACUCAAGUGAAGCUCCAACCAUACCGCACAAUUGGAUUACCCAUUAUGGUAAAAUCAGCCGGAACAGUGUAUGGUAACUAUGCAAUAAUAAUAGUUGAUGGUGUUGAAAUGGAGCUUAAAAAUGAAAGAGGCAGAACUACUGGACUCAAUGCACUGAUCAUAGAUGAAAAAUCUGGUGAAACUUUAGAAAGCAGGCUCUUUAGCACACACUCUGAAUAUGCAGCUGACUCAUCUCCUUCCAAUGAUUUCGUUGACUUCAUUAGCAGUUUACCCAAAGGUCGUAUCAUAGCUAUUGCUAUCAAGGGGGACGCCAUUGCUCAUCUCUCGGAAGAUGCAAAGCGUGCGUGUGAGAGUAUCGGUAGUCGACACAUAAGACAAGUUGAAGUUGGAGGCUCCUGGGCUAUUGUUGGACGCAAGGGUGCUUCAAUGGGCACUGUUCCCGAGUCUGCUAGCAACUGUGCAAAUGCACAAGCAAUCUACUAUCUUCCUAGUACUGAUGACUCAUGCCAAAUAUCUGUUACGACAUCUGGUUUUGUCAAUGGCGGACAAUGUUUCUUUGGAGGUGUUUCAUCUUACUUAUCUGUAAACAGAGAAGUCUACCCAACAACGGGGUCCACAGGCCGGGGAAUUACUGUCGCUAUAAUACAAGAAGAAGUUUGUGCUAUCAGCAGAGUUCAUACUUUUGAUACGUACCACUCAACAAGUGCCUCACAAGAUUUAGUGACUUUUCUCAGUGCUCUGUCAGAAGGCCAGAUAGUUGUAGCAACAACUUUUGAUGAAGCCAGCCAGCAUCUAAGCGAAAAUGCUAAGAUUUCUCUCGAAGGCAUCGGAAGUGCAAUGAUACGUAAUGUUGGGUUCAGAGAUGCAUGGGCCAUCAUUGGGAGGAAGGGAGCUGCAAAAGGCUCUGUUCCGGAGACUUACGAUGCCAACACUGCAUCUAUUGGAUAUCACGUUCCUCUCAGAUUUGGAAUACCUAUUAUGGUAAAAUCAGCAGGAAAAACGUAUGGUAACUAUGGAAUGAUAUUUACUCACAGAAAAAUUGCGAAUAGUGGUAGUACGGGAUUAAAUGUGAUCACAGUGGACGAACAUUCUGGACAAGUCUUAGAUAGCAGAAACUUCAGGACACACGGUAUACAAGGCUCGUCUGCUUCCAAAAGAUUUGCAACGUUUAUUGCCUCCCUAUCUAAGAAUAUUGUUGUAGCUAUUGCUAUCAAGGGGGAUGCCAUUGCUCAUCUCUCGGAAGAUGCAAAGCGUGCAUGUGAGAGUAUCGGUAGUCGACACAUAAGACAAGUUAAAGUUGGAGGCUCCUGGGCUAUUGUUGGACGCAAGGGUGCUUCAAUGGGCACUGUUCCCGAGUCUGCUAGCAACUGUGCAAAUGCACAAGCACUCUACUAUCUUCCUAGUACUGAUGACUCAUGCCAAAUAUCUGUUACGACAUCUGGUUUUGUCAAUGGCGGACAAUGUUUCUUUGGAGGUGUUUCAUCUUACUUAUCUGUAAACAGAGAAGUCUACCCAACAACGGGGUCCACAGGCCGGGGAAUUACUGUCGCUAUAAUACAAGAAGAAGUUUGUGCUAUCAGCAGAGUUCAUACUUUUGAUACGUACCACUCAACAAGUGCCUCACAAGAUUUAGUGACUUUUCUCAGUGCUCUGCCAGAAGGCCAGAUAGUUGUAGCAACAACUUUUGAUGAAGCCAGCCAGCAUCUAAGCGAAAAUGCUAAGAUUUCUCUCGAAGGCAUCGGAAGUGCAAUGAUACGUAAUGUUGGGUUCAGAGAUGCAUGGGCCAUCAUUGGGAGGAAGGGAGCUGCAAAAGGCUCUGUUCCGGAGACUUACGAUGCCAACACCGCAUCUAUUGGAUACUCUGCUCCUAAAAGGGUCUUGUUUCCUACUGUAAAUAUUAGUUCCUGUAGUGGUAUGCCUUACCCUCUAAAUUGUAGGGCUGGACUGAAUGUCUGAAUUAAUUAAUUGACUGAGCAUGCAUAUAGCACACAGACAUAUAUAUACAUACAGCAAACUGACUGUAAAUUAAAAUCUCAUUGAUAUACAUGUAGCAUAAUAAAUAUUUUCUCAAACUCAGUUGUAUAACGAGUGGUGCAAGCUGUGCUGUGCUAAGCCUCUCGGUACGUUUUCUUAUCAGAGUGUUAUAUACAGUAAUUUUUGACAAUAAAUGAAUUGAUAAAUGA